AUGGACCCCUCAUCGCCGGCCAAGAGACGCGCCCUCGCGCCCCUGGACGCGAACGUGAACGCGAUGUCGCCCACCAAGAUGCACAAGCACAGCAAGGUGCCCGGCUCGCCUCGCAAGAACCCCAUCAAGACGCCCUUGGGUCUCAAGAGGCCCCUCGCCGCCGUUGUCUUUGACGAGAACGCCGUCGCGAAGAAGAAGCAGUGCCAGGAGCCUGCCGCCGCUGCACCCGUCUCGGUGUCUGCGUCUGCAACUACCAGUGCAUCUGCUCUCGCGCCGGUGCAUGCGUCUGCCGCUACUCCUACGGCUGCUGCACCUACAACUACGCCCGAGGACACAACCGCGUCCACCUCUACACCCACGCCGACUCCCGCCGCGCCCGCACAAACGGAGAUGGACACGAGACCCGACGUGAAGGAACAUCAGAGCGAGCAACAAGAACAGUACGAGGAACAGAAGCAGAACGACGAACAACGGGAACAAGGACAACUAGAGAAGAAGCAACCCCACGAGGAGCAUCGGCAGACGCAGCAGACGUUGCGGAAUCCAUCCGCGUCCCCCGACACGUCGUCUGUAUUCGACAACUCCACCAUGGACACAUCGCAGGAGAACACGACCAUGCUCACAGAGCCCGACGCAGAGCAGGCCGUCAGGACUUUGCCCGCACCGAGGCCUAGGAGGCUGUUGACGCGCGAGGAGGCGCGACAGAAGGCUCGAAUCCUUCGGCUGAAGCUCGGCCUCGCGAACUACAAGCUCCAGACGGGACAGGAGAACGUGCCCCUCGAUAGGCUGGAGGUGAAGCCGCGGCCAGGACAGCAACAAGAGAUCACCCGUGAGAGGGCGUUGCCGAGGGUCACAGUGCAGCCGCCUUCCAGCCGCGACGGGCCUCUGGAGAAGGAGACUGAGGAGACGAGCGACACGAAGCAACGCGACAGGGAUCCGGAACCUGUAACCGAAGCCGAGAAGACGACGGAGCAGGCCGAGGCUGAAAAGACGGCGCUACCGCGUUUGGAGACGGUCGAGACAGGAACUGCCGAAGAGGGACACGAGCCAACAAGUGCUGUCUUUGGCGGUGUUGCGAGCAGCCUGCUCAGUUUGGCGCGGGGAUCUUCGUCUGUGUCGUCGCCAUAA